AUGGGCGUCGAAAAGAGAUGCCUGCGCGAAGGUUAUGUGUCAGAAGGACCCAGCGAAUCUUCCGUCAACAUCGAGGACACCGAAGAUGAAAACUUGCAGUCGGCCUUACCCGGCCUCGAGCGAUUUUACGAGACCAUGGCCGCAAAGGCGCAGAUCAAGCCAGGAGCAGGUUCCUCGUCCAGUUGGGUCCUGUCCAUGGCCCGAAGCUAUCGCCGUCUUUCCAAGGAGAAGCGGCGGCGUGGCCGCUUGAAGGAGCUGCUGCAACCGGCGGUCGGUGCGGCGGGUGUCCUGCGCAGUGCCUCUGGUGGGAGCCUGGUCUGUCCGGGUGAGCAUUUGGGUUGGUCGUCAAACACAGACGACAGUGGCUACGAGGCCGGCUACGAAACGGAUGCCGACGAGUCAGAGCUAAGUGAAUGGGAGAGCGGCAGCACAAGCGCAAACUUGAAGCACUUGAAUUUGACCAAACAGAUGACUUUUGCCACUGAGCUACCUGGUGGCCAGUCGCAUGAGGAGCCGCUGCCUUUUGGCGAGUCUGCGCGGCCGCCCCCUCCCAAGACUUUGCGGGCGCUGGGUACAAGACCGGUGGGGCUGCGCCUAUCGCUCCCGAACGGGUCUGAUUCAGCAGCGGCCUUAGUUCGAGGCCUUAGUUUCCUCAGUUCUGCUUCAAACAACUUCAUACAGGUUGCCAAAUCCUUCCAGCACCGUCCGUGA